ACGGGAAGUUAAAGCGAUUGCAGCUUUACGAGGUACGAUCAUCAGGAUAUAUAUUCCGAGCACAAUAUGCAACCAUUCUAUUGAAUCCACAAGCUACGAGUCGUUUAACCAGUCUAAAUCAAGUGAGAGGAACAUCGGAAGUUACUGCACCAUCCUUCAAAUAUGCCAUCAUCCUUGGCCUUUCUGCUCUUUCUGAUUGCAGUAUUAUCAAACCAUCAGUUAAUUUCAUCAAUAACAACUCCUAUGCUCACUGACGUAAACAGUAACGUGGCAAUACUCGAGAAACAUAACCGAAUUCCUAUCGGAGAUCGCACCGAACGGGUCAAUACCAGAUUUGUCAAAUAUUGCGUCCUAGAGGCCGAUGACGAUGACGAUGACGAUGACGAUGACGAUAUUGGCAGCCAGCUUGCGAUAACGAAAAUUGGCAGACCGCACCUCUCGAUCGAAUGGGUCAUAAACAAUUACACCCUUCUUGAUAACCAGGGUGGAAUUUGUCUCAAGUCACCGCCAUUCGAAUCAGGGCAUGAGGACACAGAGUGGAAUGUGAAAUUGUGCUUGAGUGAUGAAGCCGAUGCUCGGAUCCACGUUGCACUGAUUCAUCACACUGAUGCCUCAGGAAACUCCCGUUUGAAAAAAGAAAUAGACGGUGCACUCGGAAUCUUCAAAUCAGAUCAGAAAUUAACCGUGAAGAAAUUCGACAAGCUACGUGAGAUCAUCGAUGUGCAUAAUCAUAUCUAUGAGUAUGCGGACGAAUCAGUAGAUCUGCUCACUGGUGCCACUCCUGAUGACUCUGUUAAAAUAGCAUUGGAGAUUGAUAUGCCGCUGAGAAUCGUUACGAACCUGUCCUAUCAUGAUUAAUGCUUAAUGAUCUCUGGGCUGUAUGAUUGUGUUUACGAAUUAUUUUCUCUGUGAUUCGGGAGAGUGAAGACUCAAUGAAUAUAACGCGAGGGAUUUAUUGUACGAUUGGAAAGGUUGUGUCACUGGAAAACUGUUGUGGAAAAUAAAUCGUAGUUGAUUGCUUUCAA